UAAUGUUUCGACCAAAAUAUACAAUAGGAUACAGAACAGUAGAAACAACAGAAAGACGGUGUUGUCCUGGUUUUCAUGGCCAAAAUUGUAACGACGCAUGUAUGAAUUGUUCAACGUUAAAUGAAUUACAACAAAAAGUCAACAAUUUGAUUAGUCGUUCACGGGGCGCAUCUAUACGACCUGUAAACCAUGACGUCAACCUGGUAAACCCGGUGUAUAACAGUGCUGGUGAUCGUGGUACCACUACUCUACGAGGUCCCCAAGGCCCACGUGGUCCUGGUGGGCCCGCCGGCUCAGCGGGGUCUCCCGGAGUAGUGGGUGCGAGUGGACCACCGGGACCAGCAGGACCAAAGGGAGAUCCUGGUCCAAGAGGGCCUGCUGGACCACAAGGACAAACAGGGGCUCAAGGUCCACCGGGGAUUCAGGGCCUCCCUGGACAGUCUGCACCAGGUAUCGUAGGUCCACCGGGUCCUCCUGGUCCUCCGGGGUCCAUUGAAUCACUCGGAAUGGUUGUGACGGCUGCAGAGUUGAAAGGACUACUGCUGGAGAUGGCCAAGCUGAAAGAUCGUGUAGACAUGCUCGAUGAAUUCAUCAAGUUUGGACAAGGUGGAGCCGAAUCGAUGAGCGUUCCAUUCUUUCCCAUGUCAGUGGGAAGCAGUGUCGACAUCGACAUCGGAACACCGAGAACACCGGGUUACUCGAUACCCGACCAGGGAACCGACGGGUCUCCAUCCGGUAGCACGGUCAUCGGUCCGCCACAAGGCAACACCAUGAUAGGAGGAGAAGAAGCAUCGGGUACUGGACCAACCGACUCGGCGGCACUACUACAAACCGAAACUGAUCCAGUACCGUCAGUCGCAUUGCGGGGCGAUGGGCUCUUACCUCCUCGGGUCGUCCCCAGGGGGGAUACACCUCUAAAUGUGCCCUUUGACACGGAAAUAGAAGCUGCUUUACAUGAACCACCACAGACGCAAAUUGAAUCUUCAUCCAUGGACGCAGCAUCAACAAAACGUAAAACUGGCAGCAGCAGUUUAGUCUAAUGGCAAUUCGUACUUUUAUUGAUGAAAAUUUUGAUUUAAAAAAAUUAUUAUUGACUGUUAUAACCUCUAUGUCCUUCAACUUUCUUUAAACUCAAAUGAUAAUUUCUGAGAUUUUCUAUCUAAAUUUUAGUAAGAGUUGAUUUGAGAUAAACCAUACGCCAAGUUGUAUCAUAAUGUUAAUAAUGUUAAUAAUAUACCUCAAAUGAUUUUAUUACUGCCCUGUAUUGUUUCUUAAUGGUCCAUCCACCUUUAUGCAUCGUUUGAGGUUAGUUUUCGCUAAAUUAUCAUUACAAAAUAAAAAUCACCCCAAAGCAAUUAUUUGUUGUAAGGUUAAAGAUGUUUCACUUAAGAUUAAGUAAUUUUCUGAAUAACAACGAUUAUCCUUGCCCUAUAUAUCCUCUCUAAUGUCACAAUCGUUUUAAUUUUUCUAUGGAUUCUAAAUCAGUCUUCCAUUUUCUCUUUCAUAACAAACUGGUGCUAUAUAAGUUAUUAAUAAAUAUCAGUAACUGUGUUUCAGUUUUAUGUAAAUUUUGAUCAUUCAAGUCCUCUUGUUCACGAUUUAUUUGAGUUUUCCUUUGAUGGUGUGUUUUUAUUUUGAUUAUUGAAUAGUCUGUACCGAUUUUUAAUAAAUUAUUCUCUGUUGUAGCGUAGUUUCAAAUUAUUUUGCUGCAUUGUUAGACGAGGCAGACGAUAUACAGUAAUAACGCUGUUUAAAAAUAUUAUGAACCGCUGUUUACUAAAUGAAUAUUACAGUAGUUGCUUCACAGCUUAAACAAACAUGUUUUUUAAAUAAUUGAAUAGUAAAAAUGUAACUUUGUUGUUUAAGAUUUUAAACACUUGUUUAAAUCGUUUAAACAAUUUUUGCAUAAGGUUCGUAUAGUAAGCAGCAUUGCAUGAACAUUUUAUACAGAGUUUUUACUGUGUAAAGGCAAAUUGUGACGCGCCCUUCAAGCACGCCGGGUGCAGCGCCAAGUAUCAGUUGGAUCCCUUACAUGCCGUCUUUGUAACCUUUUGCCAAAGUCAUGAAAGUAGAUCAAACAUAAUACUUUGGAAUGUUCUUAUUUUUUAUUAUUUCGUUGGACGAUUUGAUAGUGAGUGUUGUGUGAUAAAGAAUAUAGAGAGGAAGAUACUAAUCUACUGACGUACUUUUGUUUACUGUAAAUACAAUUAAGUAAAGUAAUUUGUGAACAAACGGUGUAUAGUAUAGACUGAUUUGAUUUAAUAGCUGAUAGAUCAAAAUCUUUUUUAUUUUUACUUGUAAUCAAUCUGAUGUACAUUUGUAAAUGAUUCUUACUAUUAUCGAUAUUACUCUCGUUUUUCUUAUUUAUUUCGAUGAUUCACCCAUACAUUUAAACGUGAAAAGCUUUACCCUCUCAAGCCGAUACGAACUAUCAAAUACAAGUAAUCUAGGCUUAAAUAGAAUUACAGUAACAAACUUUGGCAAACAGACUACCAUCUUGUGUAAAUCAAAAGCCAUGUUCAUUAAUAUUUUCUAAAGUUGUUAAUCCUCACACUUACUUGUUGACAAAUGUAUUCAUAUUUUAUGGAGCCUUGAUAUACUUCACUCGAGUGAAUAUUCAUUUGAAUACCAAUCGUUCUGAUUUAUGAGGUUUUGCAGAAAGUAUACCAUCCAACGAAACUUUCAACCAAUCACUGGUGCGUAUACUGGUGUAUGCGCGCAUGAAUAUUCUUAGUUGCGUUUGACCCAACUCUUUUUGCAAUGGGCAUAAGGAUUGUAAUUACAUCAUUUCGAAGGAAGGCAUUAGCUGAGACCUAUCGGGAAUUUAUGAAUUGAUUUAUUAGUAUGGGAUGCAGCCCAAAUGCUAACGGGUUAGAAUCUUCGCUCUGGAAUGAUUUGAUGAAAUGUGUUCGUGGAAAUGUUAACGUGAUUCGAGUUGAUUUUGAAAUGUUACAGAUGACGUGCCUUUUGUUAUGGUGUAUUUGGAUCAAUAAAUGUCAAAUGUA